AUGGAUAGUACUGAACUCAAUGAUAUUAAAGAUUCUCGCACUAAUCAUGAUGUUUUCAAAAAGAAAUUCACAUCGCUAUCGCGACCCAGACAACCAUUAAGAGAAACAAAUGCCAAUUUACCCACCAUUGCAUCCAAGUGGAAGCAAAAGCAUCCACUGUCACACUCACCACCAAAGGGCAAAGAUAGUAGGAAACUGUCACCAAACAAACUUAAGAGUACAACAACUACUGUCUCACCAAUUGCUAAGGAAACGAAAGAUGGAUAUAAAUCACCCCGUGAAGGUGAUGAACUAUCCGACUCCGAUAUAGAAAAAGUCACUGAUACUACUACUAAAGAUUUUGGCCAAGAUACUAAUGCACGUGUUGUUUGUCGAAAAAGAGAGAACCAUGCACCUGGAUUAUUUCCAUUCGAGCCUAUUCGAGAGCCUAUACAUGGUAUGGCAAUCCCAAAGAAAAGGAGAAGAACGUAUAUCUUGGGUAUGGAUAAUUCUGAAGAUGACAAGACAACCGCGGCCGUUCGAAGGAAGCUAUCGAAUACAGAUAAGAUCGAGCAAACUGCUUUUCAGCUAAAGGAAGACGCUAGCAUAGAAAGUACUGUUGUUGAAGAACAUCUGGAUGGAAAGAUAUCUCGUGAGAGAGAAGAAUCUCCUGCAAAUAGGCAUGAUGACCCACCAAAGAGUUCUUCCGUUGAAUCAAAGGUUACCAGCGCAAAGGAAUAUGCUCCUCAAGUACAAGCUAAGAUCGAGCAACAAAAAAAAAUCAGAAAAGAUGUAAAACCAAGCCAGAAACAGCAUACGGAACCAUCAACGGAACUAGAGAAAACCCGCACUUUGACUGAUAAUCACGACACUACAAAGGUAAGCAAUGUCCCGUCCAAAGAAACGAAAGCGCCUCUUCAAGAGUUGGACACAAACAAGCUAGAUCGCAGACUGCUAGAGAAACCGGAAAAACGAAAAAUCACUCAACAACAAACUCAAAACCAAAAGGGAACCGCAAGAUUGUCUGGGGAGGAGUUGUACCAAUGGCAACAAUCUUGGAAGAAGAUCAUGAGAGAAUCGGUGGUUUUCUUUGAAGGAACACACGAUUUUCAACUGUCUGAAUACAAAAGAGCUGUCAAGUACCUCAAGUACGUUGGUUCCGAGAUUGCUCCAUUUUACCGUACAAAUGUCACAAUAAUCAUAUCAAAGCGUACUUACGACGACAAGAUGGAAUACCCAUCAAAUGAUAUAUUUUCAAAUGUUCCUAAAUUCAAGACCAAAGUGUGGAGUUAUGAAAAACUAUUUAGGUUUAUGAAAAACUUAGGGUUGAACAAUAUUUCUGAUGACCAACUCUCAACUGGAGCAAGUGUAAAUGCAAACACAACAGCAAAUAACAACUUGUACAACUUACUCAAGGAAGAAAAAUUGUAUGGGGUAGCUGAUCGGGACCCUAAUGCAAGGCGUGAUGACUUCCACUACUUUAGCAAAAAUUACUUGUAUGUUUAUGAUUUAAGCCAGACUGUGAGGCCGAUUGCCAUCCGGGAAUGGGGUAACGAUUACCCUGUUUUGCAUUUAACCUUGGAUGGUAAAUGUCCGUUUAUUGAGGAUCCAUCCGAUCAAAACCUGGAGAGGAAAAGGUUAAAGAGAUUUAAGAAAUUUGAAGCUACGAAAUCACACCGGCAAGCGUUGAGAGCUGCUACGGAGAGAGUCAUCAAUGGUGUAUCGCUUUCUGCUGGUCGUUUCAAUGGAACAAGUACUAGCACCGACAAGGUUGAGGAGUCAUCGAAUGGCGAAGUUGAGUUUAGACAACCAUUGACGAGGAACUCUUCUUGUAUGCAAUCUAAAGCGGUAGAUGCAAUGGCAUCGGGGUUCAAUGGUGCAUCCAAUGCAGUGCAGUUUUCAAUGGAUUCGAAUUUGAAUAGCACGGCUGUUGCGGCUGGAAAUGGAUUGGGUCCAUCGUUGUCCCAAGUUCAAUCAAAGAAUUUGAACAACCUCAAACGAAGAAUUUUCUUGAAAAGGAAAACUUCUGAAAGAAGAGAUAAGGAGUCAACUCCUGGUUAUUGUGAAAAUUGUCGUUGCAAAUAUGACAAUUUUGAAGACCAUAUUUACAGCAAUAGACAUCGUAAUUUUGCAUGCGAUGAUCGCAACUUUACCGAUAUUGAUGAGUUGAUAGCUACUUUGAAAGAGAGCAAUUCAAUGGGAAACAUCACUUCCAAUGGUGAUUACAUAUAG